AUGUCAGACAAUACCCCAAAAAAGGAUUCAAUUCCUGAAAAUGUCGAUCCACAGCUUCAAACUGAUAAGCAGAAGGUCAACUUCACUCCUGAGAGCACAGACGUCAACUCCUUCAAGUACUACCCCGACAAUCCCGAAUCAAUUCUCAACAAGUACAGAUUUGCUGCCAAAGAUGCCAGCCGCUUCUACGAUCCAUGUCAGGAGUCAUCAAAAAUGAGUAUGAAGUGCUUGGAACUGAAUAAUUACGAUAAGGAAAUGUGCAAGGAGUACUUUGACGCUUAUCGCGAGUGUAAAAAGCAGUGGCUUCAAGCCAGGAGAAAGGACCGUAGUCAAUGGGAAUGA